AUGGCUGCGCCGUCAAAGCGCAAUGCGCUGGUGAACGUGACAGUCGAGGACACCGACGCCCUCGAUUGCGGCGUCUGCUGGCUCCCUCUCAAGCCGCCCAUCUUCCAGUGUCAAGUCGGCCACGUGUUCUGCCUGCCGUGCCGCGACAAGCUGGUCCAGACGUCGGCGCGAUGCCCCGUGUGCGGCGGCGAGAUCGUCGACGACGACGGGGCCUACCGGCGGAACCACGGCCUGGAGAAGCUGCUGGCGUCCAUCCGCGUGCCAUGCCCCAACGCCGCCCGGGGCUGCUCCGCAAAGCCAGCCUACUACGACCGGCAAGCCCAUGUCAAGACAUGCCCCUGCCGGCCAUGCCACUGCCCGGCAACAGCCUGCUGCUUCGCCGGCUCCAAGGCGAAGCUCCUGCAGCACUUCCCCUCCGUGCACAGGUGGCCCUUAACCAAGCUCACGCAUCGGCGCUGGCAGGUGAUCCAGCUCCGCCACGGCUUCAACGUCCUGGACGUCGGCGACUCCUACGAUGCCGCCAAGCGCCUUAUCUGCCUGCUGCUGGUGGUGUCCAGCGGGCGGCGUCUUGGAUGCGCCAUCUACCCUGUGUGCCUGGACGCUGGCGGAGGCGGCAUUGAUGGAUGCGACCUCGAGCUCGACGUCUCGCGGCACAACGACGAAACCGAUAGUGGCGACUGCCCGGCCUAG